AUGGAACCCCUGAAUGCUUCUCAGGAGCUCAGGACUCUCAGUGGCAGCCCCAAGGCCUGUAAGAGUGGGAGGACCUCGUGGCUCCUUCACCUCUACCACAUCAGCCCGGGAGAGAAGCUGAAGCUCAACAAAGCUUGGGCAGCCCACAGAAAGUUGGAGAACCCACCCACCAUGAAAGCAUGCUGGGGAGUGGAAGUCCAUAGUGUGCGGCGAUGGGCAAGUGGGCCGCACAGAAGAACCAGGAGCCCCUCCCACACCCCAGAGGCUCGCAGGUGCAUGGCGGGCAGAGAGCGGGACACAUCUGCGCUGGAGGUUGCCUCUUUCCUGUGUAGCCUGCUCUGGGCCUUUUGCACCCUGGGUGCCAGGGCUGAGGAGCCCACAGCCAGCUUCUCAUAUCCCGGCAGCACAGGCCUGGAUAAGAACACAGUUCACAACCAAGAGCAUAUCGUGGUGCAUCUAGAAGGUGUCAUCAACAAACCAGAGGCGGAGAUGUCUCCACAAGAGCUGCAGCUCCAUUAUUCCAAAAUGCACGAUUAUGAUGGCAAUAAUUUACUUGACGGCUUAGAACUCCCCACAGCCAUCACUCAUGUCCAUAAGGAAGAAGGGAGUGAACAGACACUACCAAUGAAAGAAGAAGAUCUGAUUAACUUAACAGAAGACGGCGUUUUGAGAGAUGAUGAUAAGAACAAUGAUGGCUCCAUUGACUACGGUGAAUUUGCAAAAUCACUGCAGUAG